UGAAUUAGGGGCGUUUCGCUUCUCGCUCUCUUCUUCUUGAAUGCUUUCGCCGAGUUUGGUUGUUUCGGCAUCUACCGAGUUCGAAUUCCGCGAGGAACUGCGCCUGGAUGGGAGAAGGUGAAGUAUGUUUGGCUGUGUUGUCAGAUGGAGUCACGGAAGACGAGAACCUUUCAAGAACUGAAUUGAAGCGCGACCAUCAAUAUCUUCUGGACGAUGCUGAACCAGACUCGUUUCCGAACAAGAAGCAAGCAAAGGAAGUAUCAAACGAGGACGUUCGCUCUGAAGUCUCGAAUCCCAAUAUUUCUCCGAAAGAAAAUACAUCCACUGUUCAAGAGUUUACCAGCCAAGCAGCUAAACUUGGGAACAGUAACCAGGUGGAGUGUGGUGAAGUCACUUCCACGUGCUCAGGGAGUUCGAGGGCGGACGAGACCUUAAGUGAUGGAGACCGUAGUGGAAAUGAUACUUCUCGAGUUGAUGACAAUGCUUCUGGUGCUGUAGAGACGUCUCUAAUUGUACGGGAAAUUCCCAAGCAUGCUAAUUCCUCUGGAAUCAGGAAAAUUACGUUUAAGUUCAGCAAAAGAAAGGAGGACUAUGAUAACCAGACUUAUGCCUCCGUAGUUCGGCCUGAGAGAGAGUCUUCUGCAAUGUUUGGUUCUGAUAGGGAGAUGCUAGAAAGCAAAUAUCGGAAUGAGUAUCCUGAAUCCAGCAAGUUCUGUUCACGUGCUCCUAAUAUGGAAUUUGAAAUCUCGAAGAAGGUUGUUCCUACGAAUGUCAAGAAGCUGCUAGGAACUGGUAUUCUUGAUGGAGCUCAAGUGAAGUAUAUUUCUACCUCAGGGCAGGUUGAGCUACAUGGAAUUAUAAAUGGUGGUGGAUAUUUGUGUGCUUGCUCUUCUUGCAAUUUUUCAAGGGUUCUGAGUGCCUAUGAGUUUGAGCAGCAUGCUGGUGUCAAGACCAGACAUCCAAAUAAUCAUAUAUACUUGGAGAAUGGGAGGCCAAUUUAUAGUAUUAUACAAGAACUGAAGACUUCUCCACUCAGCAUACUGGAUCAAGUGAUAAAGAAUUUGGCCGGUUCAUCUGUCAGUGAGGAGGCCCUCGAGGUUUGGAAAGAAAGUCUUCAACAGAGCAAUGGAAAGGUAGAAACAAAGAAAAAUUAUAACACCAAGCUUCCUCCGCUUCUUCAUUCGCAUGUAAGUCAAGCUUUUGAAGAAAGUGUUAGCCCUGCUUCACGUUCCUUUGUGCAGAACAACUACGUUGAACUGCAAAUGUAUAUGAAAGAGGCAUCGGAAGAACGAAAAUGUGGAAUGAAAAAACCAAACUCCUAUCUUUCUGUACAAAAGAAAAAUGCUGAUGGUGGCACUAGGAGAAGGGAUAAUGAUCUGCACCGGUUGCUUUUCAUGCCAAAAGGACUCCCAGAUGGGGCUGAAUUGGCUUACUAUGUCAAAGGACAGAAAAUGCUAGGUGGCUACAAGCAGGGAAAUGGUAUUGUCUGUGGUUGUUGUAACAGAGAGAUUAGCCCUUCACAGUUUGAAGCGCAUGCUGGAAUGGCUGCCAGGCGUCAACCCUAUCGCCACAUCUAUACUUCUAAUGGACUGACGCUUCACGAUAUAGCUAUUUCAUUGGCAAGUGGACAAAAUCUUACCACAGGUGACAGUGAUGAUAUGUGUGCAAUGUGUGGAGGUGGAGGGGAUUUGAUUCUUUGUAAUAGAUGCCCCCGGUCUUUUCAUGCAGCUUGCUUGGAUUUAGAGUGUAUCCCUGAAGGUGAUUGGCAAUGUUCAAAUUGUAUAGAGAGGGUUGGCCCUGGCAGAAAAACUGCUGCCGGAGAAUCUUUAGGUCUUGGGAGACCAAUUGUUAUAAGGUUGACUCGAGUUGUUAAAGCACCAGAAUGUGAAUAUGGUGGUUGUGUUGUUUGCAGGGCUCAUGACUUCAGUUCUGCUAAGUUCGAUGAGCGAACGGUUAUGCUCUGUGAUCAAUGUGAGAGGGAGUUCCAUGUUGGAUGUUUGCGAGACAGCGGGCUAUGCGAUUUAAAAGAACUCCCCAAGGAUAAGUGGUUCUGCUGUGAUGACUGCAAUAGGAUCCAUGUGGCUCUACAGAAUUCAGUCAUCUGUGGAGCAGAGACGAUUCCUGUUUCAUUGUCCGACAUAAUAGUCAAGAAGCAUGUAGUGAAAGGACUAUUUAUUGAUGGAGCUGCAAAUGAUGUUCAGUGGCGAAUUAUGAGUGGCAAAAGUCGCUAUCCAGAGCAUCUACCCUUGCUUUCAAGGGCUACUUCAAUCUUUCGAGAGUGCUUUGAUCCUAUUGUUGCAACAUCUGGUCGUGAUCUAAUUCCUGUUAUGGUCUAUGGGAGAAAUAUAUCUGGGCAAGAGUUUGGAGGCAUGUAUUGUGUAGUUUUAAUUGUGAAGUCUGUUGUUGUAUCGGCUGGUCUUCUCAGAAUCUUUGGCCGGGAGGUUGCUGAGCUUCCUCUGGUAGCUACCAGUAGAGAACAUCAAGGAAAAGGUUAUUUCCAAGCAUUAUUCAUAUGUAUAGAGAGGUUGUUGUCUUCCAUGGACGUGCAAAACCUGGUGCUCCCUGCGGCUGAGGAAGCUGAGUCAAUUUGGACAAAGAAAUUUGGCUUCAGGAAGAUGAGUGAGGAGAGAUUGUCGAAGUAUAUGAGGGAGGUCCAGCUGACAAUUUUCAAGGGAACAGCAAUGCUAGAGAAGGCGGUGCAUUGAACAGUAUCGUGACAGCUUCUCCGAGUCCAAUGAAUCAAUCAGUCAAGUUGGGUAGAAUUAUUCUUUAAUUUUUGUAUUAGUGAUUCUACUUUCCUGUAUAAUUGCUGCUAUUCUGUGUUUUAUUUUGGUCAGCAGCUAGCUUUCUGUUAUAACUUUGUUUUGUUCGUGUACAAACUACAAACUAGAAUUCAAGAGUGAGGGAAGAGAGUCUACUGUUAAUUAAAAGAAAAAAAAAAAAAAAGAAAGAAAGAAAGAAAGAAAGAGAAGAAGAUGAAAAAUACUGCAUGCUGACCUUUUAUUGUGCAUGCAUGUGGCAACAAAUUGUCGUCUUUGUAUUGUUAUUUUAAUUUGUUAAUUUUCCCUGUUGCGACAUAUGUACAAAAAUGACUCAUCUAUAGAAGUUCAGUUCAUGCUUUC